UUAAUUAAUGGCAGAGAUCGAUUUGAAAUAGCCAUUCCAUACCUAUCCAUUAGAGAAGGUAGUGACAGCAGUUCAAACAAGUUUAUAAAAGUAUAAUAAGUAAAUAUAACAAGGGGUUUGACAACAGCUGAAGCAUAAGCUAGACUAACAAAAUAUGGUCCAAAUGAAUUAGAGAAGGAAGAGAAAGAGAGUAUUUGGGAAAAGAUAAAGGAAUAAUUUGAAGAUAACUUAGUAAGAAUAUUAUUAUUGGCUGCUGUAAUAUCUUUUGUGAUUUCAUAAUUUGAAGAUCAUGAAGAAUCACAUGCAGUACCUCCUUGGGUUGAGCCAUGUGUUAUAUUUACAAUAUUAAUAUUAAAUGCAGCUGUAGGUAUCUGGUAAGACUUGGAUGCAGAGAGAGCAAUAGAAGUAUGAUAAUAUAUUAUUAUUAUUUUAGGCACUUAAAGAUUUGUAAUCACCACAUGCAAUAGUCCUAAGAGAUGAAAAUUGGGGAUAAAUUGAAGCAAAAGAUUUAGUGAUUGGUGAUGUAGUUGAAAUAAAAUAAGGAGAUAGAAUUCCAGCAGAUUUGAGAAUGGUUGAUUUGAAGACAAUUACAUUGAAAACAGAUUAAGUAUUAUAAAUUAAUAAAUAAUAUAGUCAAUUCUUACAGGAGAAGUAAAUCCUGUAAAUAAGACAACUGAUCCAGUCUUAAAAGAUUAAGCCGCCGUAUAAGAUAAAAUAAAUUUCUUAUUUUCAGGAACUUUAGUAUCAAAUGGUACUGCAAUAGGUAUUGUUUGUAAUACAGGAAUGAGAACUGAGAUUGGAAAGAUUUAAAAGGAAGUAUAAGAUGCAGCAAAAGAGAAAUAAGAAGACGAUGAUCCUUUAUCAAAAAGAUUAGAUGAAUUUGGAGAUAAAUUAGCUAAAUAUGUUACAUAUAUUUGUAUCAUAUGUUGGGUUAUGAACAUUGGUAAUUUCUCUGAUCCUGCAUAUGGAGGAACAGUAAUGGGAGCAUUAUAUUAUUUCAAAGUAGCUGUUGCAUUAGCAGUUGCUGCUAUUCCUGAAGGAUUACCAGCUGUUAUUACAACUUGUUUAGCUUUAGGAGCUAGAAGAAUGGCUAAAUAAAAAGCUAUAGUUCGUAAAUUACCAAAAGUUUAGACUUUGGGAUGCACAACUAUUAUUUGUUCAGAUAAAACUGGUACUUUGACAACUAAUGAAAUGUGUGUUAAAGAAUUAGUAUUAUUAACAGGUUUGGAAGCAUCUUCAUUACAUGUAUUCCCUGUUGAAGGAACAUCUUAUCAUCCUGAAGGAAAAAUUGAAGGAUUAGAUACUAAAUUAGUCAAAGGAAACAGUUUAGCUGGAAAUGUUAACAGAUUAUGCUAAUCUAUGGCUUUAUGCAAUGAAUCUAAAUUAUUCACUGAUAAAGGAAGAGUUUAAAGAAGUGGAUUACCAACUGAAGCUGCAUUAAAAGUAUUAGUUGAAAAAGUUGGAAAAUAUGAUCGUUCAUUCAGUAGUAAACCAACUUUAGAUGCUCCAGAAUAAUAUAAUGAAAAGAUUGUUAGUGAAUUUACAAAGAGAGCCACUUUAGAAUUUACAAGAGACAGAAAGAGUAUGUCUGUUUUAGCUAGUUCCAAAAAUGAAAAAGCAAAUGUCUUAUUCAUUAAGGGUGCUCCUGAUUAUUUAUUAGAAAAGUCUAAUUUAAUUCUUAAUUCAAAUGGAGAUGCUGUACCAUUAAAGGCUUAAGAUAAGAAUGAAUUAUUAAAAAUUGUUAAGAAUUUAGCAGAAAAGGGAUUGAGAACAUUGGCAAUUUGUGUUUAAGAAGAUUGUGGUUAAUUAAGUGAUUAUGAUGGACCUAAACAUCCAGCUCAUAAUUUAUUAAUUGAUACAAAUAACUAUAAAGAUUUAGAAAGUAAGCCAAUAAUUAUUGGUGUUGUUGCUUUAUAAGAUCCACCAAGAAGUGAAGUAAAGAGAUCAAUUGAAAAAUGUAGAGAAGCUGGAAUAUCAGUUAUAAUGAUUACUGGUGAUAUUAAAGAGACAGCAUAAUCAAUUGCUAUGUAAAUUGGUAUUUUACAUAAUUAAUCUUAAUUCCCAACUCAUUCAUUUACAGGAUUAGAAUUCUCAACAAUGGGAGAAGAGAAAUAAAAGAAAGUACUUGAAUAAGUUAUUGGAAGACCAAGUGGAUUAGUUUUCUCAAGAACAGAUCCAUCACAUAAAAGAGAAUUAGUUAAAUUAUUAACUGGUUAAUUAAAUUAAAUAGCUGCUAUGACAGGUGAUGGUGUAAAUGAUGCUCCUGCAUUAAAAUAAGCUAGUAUUGGUAUUGCUAUGGGUAUUGCUGGUACUGAAGUUGCAAAAGAAGCAUCAGAUAUGAUUUUAGCUGAUGAUAAUUUUGCUACAAUUGUAAGAGCUGUUGAAGAAGGAAGAGCUAUUUAUUAAAAUAUGAAAGGAUUUAUAAGAUAUAUGAUUUCAUCUAAUAUUGGUGAAGUUGUAUCUAUUUUCACAUCAUCAGUCUUAGGUAUUCCUGAUGGAUUCAAUUCAAUUUAAUUAUUAUGGGUUAAUUUAGUAACUGAUGGUUUACCUGCUACUGCUUUAUCAUUUAAUCCACCUGAUCCUGAUGUUAUGUAAAAACCACCAAGAAAGCAUGACGAACCAAUUAUCACUGAAUUUGUAUUCAUUAGAUAUUGUGUUAUUGGAACAUAUGUUGGAUUAGCUACAGUCUUUGUCUUUGUUUAUUAUUAUUUGGGAUAUGAAUGGGCUGGUGAUGGACAUCCUAUUGUUACAUUCCAUUAACUUAGAAAUUGGGCUGAAUGUCAUCAUUGGGAAGGAUUCAAAGUUCCCAAUUUUGAAAAAUAUGAUUUCUCUAAAGAUCCCUGUCUUUAUUUUUCUUGGGGUAAAUAAAAGGCUUCAACUUUAAGUCUUUCUGUACUUGUUGUUAUUGAAAUGUUUAAUGCCUUAAAUGCCUUAUCUGAAGUAUAAUUAUUUUAUUAAACUCUUUUUAGGAUGGAUCAAUAUUGAAAGUUGGACUUUUUGCAAAUCCAUAUUUAAUUUUAGCUAUUUGCGGAUCUAUGACUCUCCAUUGCAUGAUCUGCUAUGUUCCAUUAUUUGAAAACAUCUUUAACACUGUUCCAUUGUCUAUUCAAGAUUGGUUAUAUAUAUUAUUCUAUUUUAGGAUUUUGAUCAUUGGAGUAUCAGCACCUGUUGUGAUUGUUGAUGAAAUUCUUAAAUUCUUCUCUAGAAUCAGAAAUGCUAGAUUAUUAGAAGAGAGAAAGAAAAUUUAAUGAGAUAUCAUUUUAAAAUACAAAAUAAUUUAAUAUUAAAUGCAGA